AUGGCUCCCAUUUCUCUGGCCAACAUCGUCUCGUCCCUCCCGUCGGAGGACUCCUGGGGUCCCCCCACCUCCACCGAUAACACCCUCGAUGGCGUGCCCUACGCCCCCUUCUCCAAGGGCGACAAGCUCGGCAGAAUGGCCGACUGGACUGCAGAGAAGGAUCGUGAACGCGGUGGCCGACAGGCCUACAACCGGAAUUUCAGAGACCAACAGGUGUAUGGCGCAGGAACCUCCAGUCUCUUCGCCGUCCAGGUCGCCGAAGACGAGUCCUCCUUCUCUGUUGUCGACAACACCCGCACGUCUGCAAAGGCCCGUGGUUUCGGCCGCGGCGGUGGCACCAUCUUCCGCGGCCGUGGCCAGCGUGGCACCCUCCAGCGCGGCGGCCGGGCUGGCUUCCAGAGAGUCGGUGCUGGGCGAGGCCAGGCUGGUAUCUACGACCAGCGCGUUGCCCGCGGUGGACGCGGUCGUCGCUUCGGAUGGAAGGACUACGACAAGCCCCAGCGGAACCGGGACAGCUCCGUCAACAUCCGCCCGGAGUGGACCCUGCUCGAAGAGGUCGACUUCAACCGGCUGUCGAAGCUGCAUCUGGAGACGCCUGAUGGCGACGAUAUCGAGAACUACGGAUUCCUCUACUACUACGACCGGUCGUACGACAAGGCGCCCGUUAAGGGAGCCGAGCGCAAGCUGCAGUCCCUCGAGCGGGCUGCCUAUAACGUGACCACCUCGUCCGACCCUGUAAUCCAAGAGCUUGCGGAGAAGAAUGAGGCCACCGUCUUUGCCACGGCCGACAUCCUGUCCAUGCUGAUGUGCGCGCCGCGCAGUGUGUACUCGUGGGAUAUCAUCAUUGUCAAGCAAGGCGACAAGAUUUUCUUCGACAAGCGCGAGGGCUCCUCGAUCGACCUGGUCACGGUCAACGAGAACGCGGCAGAUGCGCCCCUGGAAGUGUCCGAGUCCGGUGGCAAACAGGACGCGAUCAACACGCCGAGCGCGCUGGCCCUGGAGGCGACAUUUAUCAACCACAACUUCGCGCUGCAGACGGUGUCCGAGUCAGACACGAACAAGGUUGAAUUCGAGCACCCGAACCCGUUCUACAACGCCGCGGAGGAGACGGAGCCUCUGGCGUCGAAGGCGUACAAGUACCGGCGGUUCGACCUGUCGCUUGAGAAGGAUGAGGAGCCGCUGAACCUGAUCGUCCGUACGGAAGUCGACGCGGUGUUGAAGAGCUCCACCGGUGAGAACCAGCAGCUGGUGAUCCGGGCGCUGAACGAGUUCGACCACAAGGCCCAAGGUGCAGGCGGUGCGCUGGACUGGCGGACCAAACUGGCGUCGCAGCGGGGAGCCGUCGUGGCGACGGAGAUGAAGAACAACAGCUGCAAGCUGGCGCGGUGGACGACGCAGGCCAUCCUGGCCAAGGCGGACGUGAUGAAGCUGGGGUUCGUGUCGCGCGCCAACCCGAAAUCUGCCGCGGCGCACGUCAUCCUGGGCGUGGUGGGCUACAAGCCGCGCGAAUUCGCGGCGCAGAUGAACCUGAACCUGAGUAACGGAUGGGGUAUUGUGCGAACGAUCGUCGACCUAAUCCGCAGCCUGGACGAGGAAGAAGAAGAAGGCGAAGGCGAGGGCGAGGGCAAGGGCGAAGGCGAAGGUGCCAGUGAAGGCGCCAGCGGCGAAGGAGAGAAGAAAGAGGAGGGCGAGAGCGGCGAGAAGAAGCAGCAGCAACAGAAGCAGGAGCAACAGCGCAGCGACGAAGAAGAAAAGAUCAAGAAGUACGUCCUCGUCAAGGACCCGAACAAGCCGGUCAUCCGGCUGUACAGCGUCCCGCCCAACACGUUCGAAGAGGACGAGGCAGCAGAAGAGAAAGAGGAUGAAGAAAAGGGCGAGGAGGAGGAAGAGGAGUAA